AUGAUAAAUUCAGUUUUUUUUUUAUUUCUCUUUGAAUUGUAUGCAAUUCAAAGCGAAGUUCAACCAUCAAAUUUUGUUCCGUAUGGUAUUGAUAGUGGUGAUACACCAAUGGAUCGUAGAUUAAAUGCAUUAACACCACCUAUAAAAAUUAAAGCACUUUUCCCAUAUUUUAAUGAAAAAUAUGAUGAAAUCAAGUUAUGGAGUCAUGGACUUAUUUUAUUUGGUAACCAGACCUACAACAAUCUACCACAUGCUGUACCCGGUCGAUUUCCGCUUCCGAGUUUUAUUUGUGUUUCACCAUAUUGGGCUGAUACAGAUAUAACUACAGAUCAAAAUAGUAAUAUAUUUUAUCGAGAAAUUGAUACAGAUGUCAAUGCAUUAUUAAUAAUUACUGAUAUGGUAAAACGUGCAUAUCCAGCGUUGACGUCUCAACGCAUGUUUUGGGCAUUUGUGGCUACUUGGGAUCGUGUUCCUGGUCAUGAAAGUUCUGGUCAUGGAAGGACGAAAUACAUAUCAGGCUAUAAUAACAACAAAUAG